UAGAGGGGAGAUUGGUUGAGGUUUGUCUGUGUGAGAAAGAGAGAACGCUGGACACUCGGAAGAGUUUAAAGUAGUCGUUGAUCUUACAAAAUUAAGAGAAAGAUCAAGGAAAAUAAUGGAAGAGGGUGAUAUCUUAUUAUCUCAAUCACGUGCCUUUUAUGCUCCUCUCCUUCGAGCUGCCCUAGCAGAUGACUGGAAAGCUGCUAAAGCUUUUAUCCAGAACCAUCCAUACUCCAUUAGAGCUAAAAUAACAAAAGAGGAAGGGACAGCUCUUCACAAUGCUGCAGCUGCAAAACGUACCCAUUUUGUAAAAAAGCUCGUGAGAUUGAUGGAACCGAAAGAACUAGAAUUGAGAACCAACGGAGACUGCACGACCCUUUAUUUUGCCGCUCAAUCAGAAAUCGUAACAAUUGCAAAGGUGAUGGUGAAAAAGAACAACAAUCUGCCAUCGAUAUAUCCCAAGAAUUGCAUACAAGUUUCACCACUUUACGCUGCAAUAAGGACUGGAAAUAGAGAGAUGGUGUCGUAUUUAUACUCUGUGACUCCUAUUGAAGACUUGGCAUCAGUGGAUUUGAUUGAGCUCCUUAUCGCUACUAUUUCCACUGACUUGUAUGAUACGGCACUCAAAAUUCUGGACACUCUAACGUUAGCACCUGAUCAAGAGAAGGAUCUUCUUUGGUAUCCAUUGGAAAUGUUGGCCAGAAAACCUUCGGAAAUUGGCAGCAAAAUUCGGCCAUCAGUAUGGGAAAGAUGCUUAAACUUCUGCUUCAGAGGUCGUAUCUGCAACAAAGCUAUGAUGCAAGCAUCAACCCAUCAAUUAGUUCACCGCCUUUGGAAACAGUUUGGAAACGACAAUUUCUUGUCAACUGUGGUUCACUAUCAUAUGAAACUACUUGUUGAAGCGGCAAAAGUAGGGAACGUUGAAUUUCUAAUUAUACUUAUACGCUCUUAUCCCGAUCUCAUAUGGCAAGUAGACGAAGAAUAUGGAACUUUAUUUCACGUUGCUAUUCAACAUCGACAAAGGCAUGUUUUUAAUUUAAUAUAUGAGAUAGGUGUUAUGAAGGGCAACCUUGCGAGCUAUCAUGCCAAAGGGAGAAACAAUAUGCUGCACUUAGCUGGAGAAUUGCCUUCAUCAGAUCGACUGAAUAUCGUAUCAGGAGCAGCCCUUCAAAUGAAACGAGAGUUGUUGUGGUUUCAAGAGAUAGAAAAUAUCGUGCCGAAGUCAUAUGUGAACGAACCGAAUGAAAAAGGAGAAACACCAAGGGAUAUAUUUGUAAAGACUCAUGAAGAACUACAGAAGAAUGGUGAAAAGUGGAUGAAGGACACGGCAAACUCUUGCAUGCUUGUGGCAGCACUGAUUGCCACUGUAGUUUUUCCAGCUGCCUUCGCACUACCGGGUGGCAACAAUCAAGAAACAGGCAUUCCUAUAUUUCUCGAAGACAGCUACUUUGUGGUAUUCUUCAUAUCAGAUGCAAUAGCAAUGUCAUUCUCUUCGACUUCAAUAUUAGUUUUCUUGUCAAUUCUCACGUCACGCUACACGGAGAGGGAUUUCCUCAACUCAUUACCUCGAAGGUUGGCAUUGGGACUCGCUACGCUUUUAAUCUCAAUCGUAGGCAUGCUGAUAGCCUUCACUUCAGCUUGCUUUUUGGUCUUUAAACACAAAUCAAGUGUUCCAAUCCGCAUAAUUGUCGUAGCGCCGAUUGUCCCAAUUAGUUUCUUUGUUAUCCUACAUUAUGGCCUUUGGUUGGAUAUAUUCCACUCAGCAUUCUAUUCAAAUAGGUUCCUUUUCCGGUCACAUAAUAGGCUUUUCAAGCAAGCAAUCCAGCUAGGGAAAGAAUGACAACCAAUCAUGCAAUUGGACCAAAUUAAGAUUAAGGCUUCACUUUGAUCUUCAUUUAUUAGCUAGGAAUGUUGGCUUUUCAUGUGUAUGUACGUUUGUGCAUAUAUAUUGUAAUAAAGGUGCACCCACAGUGGGUACCCCUUGCUAUUCAUAUGCCUAGCAGUUAUGUUUGGCAUAUUUAUUUGUUCAUUAUAGCUAGGCAUUUAGACCUAGUUGUGGGUUACUAAAUGGAUGUGCCCUCCCCCCUUAGUGAAAAGAUGGAUGAUUGGUAUAAGUGAAAAUCUCUCUCUCAAAGAAUUUUUCUAGGCUUGUGUGGGUGUUGUUCUGAAUUUACCACGUAGUACACUCCACUAUCGAUACAUGAAGAUUUCGGAUGAACAAUGAUGACGAAAAAUCCAUGGACCAACUGCUCUAGAUUCAAGAUAUUUUCAAUGAGAUAAUAUCGCUAGCUUUAUGUAUUCUGAUUUAAUAUUUCUAUCAUUGGUAUUAGAGUCAAAUCAGUUAUUCUAGAUGUAAUUUUUGCCGUGCUUGUGAUUUUCUGUCAUGGGCUUAUGGGCCUUGGGCUUGGGGGUC